AUGGAACAACAAUCUGCGAUGGUAGCACGACUCGAGGAACUCGAGAGAGAACGACUGACGCUUCCAGCACCAACAGAAACAACGUUUGGGCCAGGCAGUACUGAGACAAGAGCUAUGGUGCCAACGAAGAGACUAGCAGAAACGUUCAGAUCCCCGUCCAUGCGAAUGACGCAUGGGAGACCCAUGGAGGUUGACGACCCGCGCAACGCGAGCGUCAGGACGGAAAGAAGAGCACUGCGACAAGAGCAGCAGCAGCACUUCCAACAACUUGCGGCUGCGCGCGAAGGCCUGCGAGUCGCCGCAGAAGCCCAAGGCAUGCAGCUGCGAGCAGUGGCAGAAGCACAAGAGACACAGCAAGCGGAGCAGCGAGCUGCUAUCCAAGCUGCGCACGGACAACUACAGCAGGUCGAACGACACCUGCUGAGCAAAGCAGAGCUCCAGAGGCAACAAAGAGAAGCCUUGGCGGCGCAGCUGGAAGCUCAAGGGCGCGAAGUCGCGCAAUCUCAAGCACGUAUGCAAUCGGAGCGAGAAGCGCUUGCACUACAACACGACCAGUAG